AAUGAGCGGCGGACAGGAGUGUCUGAACGUUCCAGGCGGGGAAUCCCUGGGCGCACGGUGGGGAAUCCCGGAGCCCGGCUGCUCCGUCCCUCGGACCCAGGACUCCCGGCCACCGCCUGCUCCUCCCCUGGACUCCGGUCCCCCUGACCAUGCUGCUGAUGAAGAAGGAGGCGGCGGCCCGGAGCGCCACGCACUCGGUGCCGAGCGAGGAGACGGUGAUCGCCGUGGAGUUCAGCCCGUUCGAGAGCUGCGACUCUGGCAGCCUGGUCGCCUACGGAGGGGAUAACUACGUGGUGGUGGGCAUUUGUCGUUUCCAGGAAGAAGAUGCAGACAUUAAAGGCAUGGAGUACAAGACCCUGCAGACUUUUCACAGAGGGGUGCGAGUGGGUGCCAUUGCCUGGAGCCCAGAGACGAAGAUUGAUACACUGACACACCUGAUAAAGUUAUGCACAGCAGAUGCAGAUAGGAAGUUACGAUUACUGACCUCUGAUCUCAAAGAGAACACCACGUGGCAGGUCAUCGAAGGCCACACUGACUACAUCAACGAUCUGGUCUUCGAGCCCAUCAAUGGAAAACAGAUUGCCACUGUGAGCGAUGACCACACAUGCCGUGCUGCUUGUAUGAUGCUCUGUGCCCGUGAUGCUGUAUCUGGGACCUCGAUGGAAAUCAAAAGACUUCGUUUCUUCUUCACUCUCCGGGAAUGA